AUGGUGUUCGAACCCCCUUCAACACACAUGGUAUCCUUGCGAUCCCUUUUAGUGUCCGAUCAUCAGGCCCAGAGAACGCGGGACUUGGACGCCCGCCUCGGACUAGCGAGACAGCUCGUGGCAAGCCUCUUUCGACUUUUUGAGGUCUCAUGGUUGCACAAGAGCUUGUGGAGCGGCAAUGCCGUGUUUUUCGACCCCAAGAUCGCGGUAUCCCAAAAGGUCUCCGCUGAAGCACAAGACGUACACAAGAUACCGAAACCGCAUUUACUUGGUUUCGACUUGUCGCGGCGCGACGCCUCGGCCGAACUGACGGAAGCAGUACCCAGUUCCAUGGUCGAAGUCAGCCGUGAGCGUGUUCGUCGCCUGUGCCGCCACCCCGAUCUGUCUUCCGAAGCGAGAAGCGGGUUCUACCCGCAUUAUCGUCGGAAGCACGAUGCCUACAGCCUGGGCAUAAUGUUGCUGGAGAUAGGGCUUUGGUGUCCGAUUGACAAGAUUGCAUCCAGGAGUAGGGAGCCCGAGGUUUUCCAGAGAGAGGACCUGAGGGAAAAGGUCAGGGGACUGAGAGCAUUGAUGGGUAGGAGGUAUUGGGAGGUUGUGGAGAGGUGCUUGUUUAUAGGAUUCGGUGAGGAUGAGUUGCCGGAGAUGAGCGAGUCACAGGAGUUGAGGAACAUGCAGGAAUACUUGAGUGGGUUCGACCAGCUUGUUGUGACUGAGUUGGAGCAAAUGUCGAUGUGA